GUAGCUGCUCAGCAGCAAGAGUCGGCCACCACCCAGAAGGCUGAGCGAGAGGUCUCCCGCAUGGUGGUGGUGAUGGUGGCAUCCUUCUGCACCUGCUACGUUCCGUACGCCGCCCUGGCCAUGUACAUGGUGAACAAUCCCCAGCACGGCCUCGACCUGCGCUUGGUCACCAUCCCUGCCUUCUUCUCCAAGAGCUCCUGCGUCUACAACCCCAUCAUCUACUGCUUCAUGAACAAGCAGUUCCGUGCCUGCAUCAUGGAAACGGUGUGCGGCAGACCCAUGACGGAUGAGUCUGACGUGGUGUCCCAGAAGACGGAGGUUUCCUCCGUGUCCUCCAGUCAAGUCACCCCCAAGAGCUGA